UUUCGUUUUAGGAUUUCCAGGUGUUGUGGGUUGUACUGAUGGGACUAUUAUUAAGAUUCAGGCUCCCAAAGAAAAUGAAGCUGAUUAUAUAUGUCGGAAAGGAUAUUAUGCCCUCAACAUACAAAUGACAUGCGAUCCACGGUAUCAAAUAAUUGACUUGGUGGCAAAGUGGCCAGGCAGUGUGCAUGAUUCAAGAAUAUUCCGUGAAUCAGCCUUAUGCACAUAUUUGGAGGAAGGUCAGAUUCAGGGGAUAUUACUUGGCGAUUCAGGGUAUGGCCUAAAACCUUAUCUGAUGACCCCAUACUUAUCAGCAGAGACAGAGGCCACACAGAAGUUCAAUGCAGCUCAUUGCAGAACUAGGCAAUUAUCUAUUCUAUAA